UGGUAGGUACAGACAAAACUUUUACUGAUAUCCUUGUUGACGAUCUGCUUCGUAUUGCUAAGCUGAAUAACUGGCCUUUAAAAAUCAGAAAUUAUCCAUCAUGUAAACUAUACAUUAAGGGUUAUGAUCUCAUGUCAGCCGUUUCUGAAUUUCCAGUUAAGAAACAAGACUGUAUUAUUAUUGAAGAUCAACAUUUGAAAAAUGUCGUGUCGAACUUCAGAUUUGGGAAAUCACAGAUCGCUGUAGAAAUUCUCACCUGUGGAAAUGAAAAUAUGUAUUUAAUUGAUUAUGAAUAUAAAGAACAGACCAUAUUCGUCAUUCAUGUUAUUUCCGCGUAUGUCACAUUUUAUAAAAUUGAGAUUCCUGCGAAAUAUUGGAAGGAACUUGAGAAAGGUCUACUGAAAGAGCAGUCAAUUGAAAUUCUAAGAUGGCCAGCUAAUAAUGGUUUGAGGAGUGGUUUCGAUUUAGCUAAUCCUGAUCAAAGAGAAAUU